AUGGUGUGGACAGAGAGCCUCCGUAACCUGGUGUUAGCGGUGUAUGGAUUCACUCUGAUCACUGGCCUCCCAGCUAACAUCCUGGCUUUCUACACCUUCUUCCAGAAAGUUCGCCAGCGGUCCACCCCAAUAGAUGUCCUGUUACUCAGUUUAACUAUUUCGGACCUGAUCUUCCUCUUCUUCCUGCCGUUUCGUAUGGUGGAGGCAGCAAACAUGCAAUGGACACUGCCGUACUUCCUCUGCCCGCUGUCGGGUUUCAUCUUCUACUCCACAAUCUACAACAGCACUUUCCAUCUGACAGCCAUCAGCGUGGAACGCUACCUGGGUGUGGCCUUUCCCAUAAAAUACAAGCUAAAACGCAAUCCCCGAAAUGCAGUGAUAGCCAGUGGUAUAUUCUGGGUGGUAUCCAUGGCGCACUGCAGUAUCGUCUAUAUCAUGCAAUACCACAACCAUUCCAACCCCAACAUCACCGAUCCAUCCAAACGGAACACUUGUUAUGAAGAAUUCAGUCCCGAACAGCUCAAAAUCCUCCUGCCGGUGCGCAUGGAACUUUUUGCUGUGCUGUUCUGCGCACCUUUCCUCAUCUGUUGCUUCUGCUACAUCAAGUUCAUCCACAUCCUCUCCAAUCUGCCCAACAUAAACUCCAAGAAGCGGUUCAGGGCAAUUGGGAUGGCAUUGGGCACGCUUCUGGUCUUCAUUAUCUGUUUCUUGCCCUACAAUGUAUCGCAUGUUGUGGGAUAUGUAGGCAACUACAGCCCUGAUUGGCGAGUGUAUGCGCUGCUCACCAGCACGUUUAAUGCAUGUCUUGACCCAUUCAUAUUCUACUUCUCUUCCUCAGCACUCAGAGGGACUUUCAAGAAUGUCUUGCGAGAGCUGGUCAGGCGGCUGACCCUUCCCUGCUGUCGCUCUGCUCUCAAAUGCCCCCUAUUGAACUGUGUGAAUACAGAGGAAAGAACUCAGAGUUCUACUGAUAGCGUCCCCUUUGGCCAUUAA